UUCCAGCAACUACGUCCAGAAAAGAAAGGAGUCAAAUCAGGAGGGAAACUCAGUCUUAUGCCAUGGUUUCAUGGGAAGAUAACUCGGGAGCAGGCCGAGCGGCUCCUCUACCCUCCUGAGACGGGUUUGUUCCUGGUGAGGGAGAGCACCAACUACCCCGGCGACUACACCCUGUGCGUCAGCUGUGAUGGCAAGGUGGAGCACUACCGCAUCAUCUACCACAACGGCAAGCUCACCAUCGACGAGGAGGAGUACUUUGAGAACCUCAUGCAGCUGGUCGAGGUGAGGGACGGCAGAAAACAAAAGGCUGUAACCUUCUUAAAGGUCCAAUCAGUGAGAUGUGUAGUUUGAAAUGAUAAAGGUAUCUUAC